AUGACAUCUUCUGACGAAGAAGACCGAGCGCAGAAGCGCAUGCGCCUCGAACAACUGCAGGUUGUUAGGGAAGUCGCACUGGAUUUUGCCGCUGCAUCAAGCUUUCACUCAAGACGAUACAUUCAGCCAGAGCAGAUUGAAUUUAUCGAAAAUUGCGUACCGGCGCAGGACCAGAUGGCAGGUGCCCAGCUCACCAGAAAUGCUCCUCAACAGCUGGCUCUUCGUAAUUUAGAAGAAAGAGAGAUAUCAUCUCAAAACGAGGAAGCCAAGACGGAGAAGAUCUUUGAGCAAUGGCAUGUUCUUCUUGAUGGCCUAAAGAAAUCACUGGACAGAUGGACACGGAUUUACAAACCUGAACCAGCUGGAUCAAAAGGAACUGGAGCUACCGCCAAGUGCCAGGAAAGCAAAUCUAGUAUGUCAUCAUUUACCAUUCUACCGAGCAUGACGCCGGCACAGCUAAGAAAGUGUGUACAGCAACUGGGGCCCAAAGCCAUCUCACAGCUCGGAUACAUCAACGCUGUACUUCAAGAGUUGUUAGUGUCUAUGAAAUCGACACAGCGACGACUAAUUAAGGCAAUUGGACAAUGCAAUUCUCACCUUGAUGGCCACCGGCAGACCGGAGAUAAGGAAGCACCACUGCCGCCACCGCCUGCUGUUCGGCAAUCAGGAAGUAACAAGCAUUCUGAAACGCGGGCCCGAGACGAACAGAAUCAACACAAAACCGUCGAUGAAAACCGUCCUGUCACAAACGCAUCGAACGGAGCAAAGGAAAGAGAGACACGUCUUCCUACUCUGCGCCAGAAAGCAAAGACACGGCCAGUUAAAUGGGCAACAAUCGCGGAACUUCUGGAGCAGCAAAAAGAGUCAGACGCACAGGCUCCUUCCGCCGAAUGCAAUGCGGAGAAGCUAACACCGAGAAAGCGGCGUCGCCAAGACCAUCGAAUGGAGGCCCAAUUGAAAAACCUUGUCUCCAUCCUGCAUGCAUGGAGGACCCAAAAGUAG